GUAAGCUCUACUACUACUACUACGCAGGAGCAGCUUCUGCAAGCUUCUAAAAGGCGCAGCAGCAGGAGGAGGGAGGAGGUUAGCAGCAAAGCUGAGAACAAGGCUCAGAAGAAGAUGUCGUCCAUCAUGUCGUGGGAGAACACAAAGAAGGCUGCUGCGGAAGCAAAGCUUCGAACCCGAGAGGAGAAGCUGGAAAAGAAGAAGGCGGAGUACGCAGAGAAGAUGAGGAACCAGAUUGCAGCCAUCCACAAGGAGGCUCAAGAGAGGAAAUUCUCAAGUGUGAGGACAUUGCAGCCAGUCACCGAUCCAAGUGUAUUUUCAUACAGUUCAGUCGUGUUGUUUUGUACGUUCUGAAGUGUGAGAUCCUGAAUCAAUUUUCGGUUCUCCUUGGCAUGGCAUGAGCAGAACAGAACGCGUAUACGGUGCCCAGUUGUUUAGUUGCAGUUUUUGGCUUGUUUUCGUGUAAAAUUGUACGUAUAUGUUUUCGGCAUCUCGGCUAUUGUUCUGCUGUGUGUAUUAUUUGCUGAAAACGUGCGUGCAAUUGUAUGUGGCUUUGCUUGUGCAGUAAAGGUGUAAUUGUAUGUAUUGUAACCGCUGAAUAUUUUUUGUUUUCAAAAGUGAAAGCUUGUAGCAACUGCUUGUGUGCA